AUGUCAGAAACACAAAUUACUUAUCCUAAGCGAGAAAAUAAAUGGAAUGAUGUUUUCUUUUAUUUUCUAUUUAAUACAGCAGCAAUUGGUUCAGUUAUAUUAGCUAUUUAUAAUACUCUGAAAUCAACUCCAGAUUAUUCAAUAUUAAAGAAUCAUUUAAGUUGGAUUAAUUUAAUGCCACCAAUACAUUUAUUUAUCCCAUUUGUUUUAUUUGCUGGCUGUAUUUUAUCAUAUUGUUUUAUUUUAUUAUUGAAUAGAUAUACAAAGUUAUGUGUUUAUACUUUUAGUAUUGUAUUACCAAUUAUUGCAGGUACAAUUAUUUUAGUUGCGUCAAUAUUUACUAUUCACCAAGGGAUAUAUACAUUUGUAAUAUCUUUAAUAUUUGCUUUAUGUUUCUUUAUUUCUCCAUUAAUUAUCUUCUUUUCAAGAACCAAAUUACCAUUAACUAUUGAAAUACUGAAACAUUCUACAUUUACUUUAUUACAUAACACAUCAAUUUUAUUCAUUUUAGUCCCAGUAGUCAUGGUAUUAUGUGUUUUAAUUUUUGUCGUUAUUUGUCAUUCAUUAUUAGUCCAAUACUUGAGUGGAACAACUCAAAAUAAUGAUUAUUAUCCACCAACAUCUUUUUAUCCAACAUUUUUAUUUCAAGUAUUUAUGUGUUAUUGGAUGGGAAAUGUAGUCAAUGGAAUAUUUACUGUAUGUUCAUCAAGUGUGAUUGCUCAUCAUUAUUUAAAUAAUAAUGAAAUAGGUGGAGAUUUUACUGAAUCACUUAUUCAUUCAACUACAAAAUCAUUUGGUUCUAUUGUUUUAGGAUCAUUAUUAUUAUCUGUUGUUCAAUUUCUUAGAUUUUUAUAUGAAAUAACAAAUCAAGAGGAUGACGAUGAUAAAAGCUCAUUUACUUGUCUUAUUCAUUGUUGUUUAGAUUGUAUUCUUAGACUUAUUGAAGAAAUUCUCCAAUACAUCAAUAGAAUGACUUAUGUUAUAGUUGGUAUGCACAGAACUUCAUUCAUUCAAUCAGCUAAAACAGCAUGUAGUUUAAUUAAAGAUAACAUUACUAUGGCAAUUAUGGAAGAUACUAUAAUGGGGUCUGUCAUUUUUGGACUUACUUUAGUUUCAGGUAUUAUUAGUGGAUGUAUUGGGUCACUAAUUAUGAUGAUUAUAUUUAGAAGUAUGGUUCAUUCUAUUAUUGCAUUUAUUAUUUCAAUGAUUAUUGGAUUUCUUGUUACUGGAUUCUUCAUGAAUGCUGUUCAAACUUCUACUGACACAAUUAUGUUAUGUUAUACUGAAGAUAUGUUAGUUUAUAAUGGAAUUCAUUGUGAAAAAUUUGGGGAUAUUGUAAAUGGAUUUGACCGAUAUCAUUCAUUUAAUUCAAACAAUCCAAUUCUUACUGAAGAGGCAAAUGAUUUAGAUGGUGUCUAUACUAGUUAA